AAGCGGGGGCAGCGGGGGAAGAUGGCGGCCGCCGUUCCGCAGCGGGCCUGGACCGUGGAGCAGCUGCGCAGCGAGCAGCUGCCCAAGAAGGACAUUAUCAAGUUUCUGCAGGACCACGGCUCCGACUCGUUUCUUGCAGAACAUAAAUUAUUAGGAAACAUUAAAAAUGUGGCUAAGACAGCUAACAAGGACCAUUUGGUUACAGCCUAUAAUCAUCUUUUUGAAAGCAAGCGUUUCAAAGGUACCGAAAGUGUAAGUAAAGUGUCCGAGCAGGUGAAAAAUGUGAAGCUUACUGAAGAUAAACCCAAAGAAACCAAGUCUGAAGAGACUUUGGAUGAGGGUCCACCAAAAUAUACAAAAUCUGUUCUUAAAAAAGGUGAUAAAACCAACUUUCCCAAAAAGGGAGACGUUGUUCAUUGCUGGUAUACAGGAACACUACAGGACGGCACUGUUUUUGAUACUAAUAUUCAAACAAGUUCAAAGAAGAAGAAAAAUGCCAAGCCUUUAAGUUUUAAGGUUGGAAUAGGCAAAGUUAUCAGAGGAUGGGAUGAAGCACUCUUGACUAUGAGUAAAGGAGAAAAGGCUCGACUGGAGAUUGAACCAGAAUGGGCUUAUGGAAAGAAAGGACAGCCUGAUGCCAAAAUUCCACCCAAUGCAAAACUCAUUUUUGAAGUGGAAUUAGUGGAUAUUGAUUGAAAUAGCAAUGUUUCAGAUCUCAAGACAUCAGCAACAAUAAAACAUGGCCUUGAAGAAACUUAUGUAACUAAUUAGAGCUGGUUACUAUUAUAAGGGAAGAGUCAACUGGAAAAUUCAAGAAGUUAGGACUUGUUUACUUGAUCCCCAAUUAAGAAACAUAACCCCUUAUAAAUCCCUCAAGUUUAAAAUAUUUUACUACAGCUGGGUAAAAUAUUGGUUAAGGAGAACUGAUUUUCCUCUUACCUCAUGUUGUAAACUAUAAGGCUCAAUAAAAAUUUAUCCAAUGUC